UCUAAUAUAAAACGUUGAAGAUAAAUGACUCGAUUGACUGUUAGGUAUUUGGCAAAAUUAAAAUCUAUCAGACAUGCAUACUUUGCGUCCUCACUAAUAGAGAAUCUUGAAGAUAAUCAACAAGGUUGAAAUGAGUGUGGAGAGGCUCAUGGAAUCGAUGGAGUUAAAAACAAGUGUGGAAUUCUUGCAAGAUGAAAACAGAGACUUGAAGGUUUUAUUAAGGGCUGCUUUGUCUGAGAAACAAGCUGUAGAGAAGCAGUUGAAAGCGACGAAUGAGCAGAAGAGAUCAGCGUUGCUGAAAAUCGCAGGAAGAGGGUUGCAGAGCAUAGGGUUUGGUUUUGGGUUUAAGGAAUCAGUACAUGAAAGCUCAGAAACCGGACAUCUCAUCAUGGAUGAACAAGAAGAAGGUGAAGAAGAGAAUAGUAUGGUUGUAGCAAUAGAGAAAACAAUGAAGAAUCUACGGAAAGAGAUCUCUCAGCUCAAGCUCUCAUUGGAAGAAUCACGGUUAGAAGAAGCACGGUUGAAGAAAGUUACAGAGGAACAAGCUCAGACAAUAGAAGAGAACAAGAUGAAUAUCGACAAGCUGCAAAACCAAGAGAGACUUCUAUCUCAAAACGUAGAAGAGCUAUUGGUGGUAAUAAGAGAAGCUGAAUCAGAAGCAAGUAGAUGGAGAGAAGCUUGCGAGCUAGAAGUUGAAGCAGGACAGCGCGAGGUCGAAGAACGCAAUGAACUCAUAGAGGUUCUGAAGGCAGAGGUUGAGAAGAUGAGAUCAGCAUUGUCAAUAUCAGAAGGGAAACUAAAACUGAAAGAAGAAUUGGCUAAAGCCGCAAUGACCGCAGAAGAAGCAGCUGAGAGAUCGCUGCGAUUGUCUGAGAGAAGAAUAGCUGAACUUCUCAACCGCAUUGAACAUCAAUACCGCCAACUGGAAGAAGCAGAGUCUUCAGAACGCAGACGCAGAAAAGUUAGGUAUCUCUGGUGUUGGCCGUUGUGGCCUUUUCCUGCUGCUUCUGCUUCUGCUGUGACCGGGAUGUUAAUCAAGUAUGCAAUGUGCCCAUACGGUGCCGCUCUACAAACAAAAGCAAAAGCCCGUCGUUUCACACGAAUAAGAAAGCUAUUCGUUUAAUGGGCCGCCCACAGUAUAAGAAGCCCUGCAACACGCCAACGUUGCCGUUCGGUAGUGAAUAGUAUAGAGGUAGUCUUCGCUCGUUCUUCAGCAGCCAAAAUACAACAAGUCCUCGGACAAAGACCACGACGGCGACCAUGGAAGAAGCGAAGAAACAAGAAAAUGUAACGGUGAAGAAGAUCGCUUCAUCGUGCGACGUAGAAGCUCUGAAGAAAUGCUUGGAAGAAAACAAAGGAGAUCACUCCAAGUGUCAGUCUCAGGUAGAAGCUUUCAGAUCCUCUUGCGCUCUUCCUCAACCCAGCAAAAAACCCUAAUUUUCAAAUUCCGACACUAGGAGAGAAAGAGAAAGAGAUCUUCUUCUGUAAUAAACUCAGACCAAUUUGGUCUGUACGAUAAUGAUUGUAAUAAACAUCUGUCUUUUUUUCUACACAUACAAUAAAAAAAACACUUUCGAUU